AAAAGAAGACGGCAGGAAGGAGAAGGGCAGAUGACUUGGACGCCCCUCUGUCGGCAAAAAGAUAUGAUCGGACGGUCGGCAUUGUUUGAAGUGGAGAGGGACAGGUGUAAUUUGGUUCCCUACAUAUGAACGAACAACCGGAGGGUUGGAGGGAGAGAGAGAGAGAUGGUUGAAGAGCUAAACGGGGGUGAUCGGAUCGGUGAAGCUACGUGGGAAUCCGAGGGCUGCUAGGUCGGGAGGAAGAAGUUGGUUUCGUUCGGUUUGAGGGAAAACAGCUGGAGAAAGAAGAGAGGCAGCCAUUUCCCUUCUAUCUCUCCAUUGUUUAUCAUCUUACAUUAUUUAUUGGCCAUUCUUUCAAAAACAUUAGUUGUCAUCAUCGAUGGCUUCGAAUUUCGACCGGUGGGAGAAGGAUCCCUUCUUCCCCGCCGCUGAGGAGGUCCAGGAUUCCGCUGAUAGGAUGGAAUCGACGUUUAGGGAGUGGGCGCAUGAUCGCGAGAAAAAUUUGAGCUCUCAUGAGCUGCAAAGAGAGCUCCAAACCGGCUUAGGUACCACCAAAUGGCAGUUGGAGGAAUUUGAGAAGGCUGUUGGAUUGGGCAAGAACAGCCAGGCCAAGGGAACGGUGGCCAGGCAUAAACAAUUCGUCGUUGCACUACGAGGUCAGAUUUCUAGGAUUGAGGAUUCAUUGAAGGAAUCAGUUCUCAAGGAUGGCAAGACUUCUCUUCCUUGGGUACAAUUUGAUGAAGGGGAGCGCGAUGAGCUUGCCUUGUUUCUUGCUGGAGAUUCGGGCAGCCAUGGGCGUGUUGGGGUCAUUGGAGGAAUGGAUGACAAACCAGGGACGUUGGACAAAGAGUCUUCGGUACAGAAGUCUGGUGUAUUACAAACAAGCAGGGAUGAAGGACGUUGUGAUUUGAAUUAUGCUGUUGUCCUCGAUUUGGCUGAUGCUUCUAAUGUUCGUGAAAAGGACGAUAGGAGGCUUAACGGUGGUAAGAGUGAGCGGAUUAUGAAUGGGCAUAGGAGAGCUGCAAGUGCAAAUGCUGAUUUCGGGGUGUGGAAGAUUGCUGUUGCUGAUGAUGAGCUUUUAGCAGCAUCUCCGUCCAAGAUCGUUAACCUUAGUGGCUUAAUCAAGCACAUUGAGGCUUCCUCCAAGUUGAAGUGGUCAAAGAAUGGCUUCAAGAAAAUGAAAAAUGCGGAUCACCAUCUAACUGAUAAUGUCUUGGGAUGUCGAUCUCAUCCAUUGAGCAGGGCUAUGCAUGCAUGUUAUGAAAGAAGCAGCAGCUGCCUUGAUUCAUGCAGUAUAGAGCCUGAAAUUUCUUAUGACAAGCAACUUCAUGGGUGGCUUGGAGCAAUCCAGAGGCAGCUUCAAAGAUCACAAUACCACAUUCAAUAUAGUCGUCAUUUUCAAGUAGCAUUUUGGUUGAUACUGGCAGUUUGCUUGAUUGGAUUUAUCACUAUGAGCUUCAUAGAUCAGGUAUAUAAAUGCUUUGGAAAGAAAAUUUUUGAAGCUUCAUGCUCUUGAAGUUGCUGAGUCAUGAACCAAGGAGAACCUAAAGUGUAAACCGCAAAAGGAAAGCUGGUACUACCACCAGUGUGUAUUUGAAUGACCACUUCCUCAGUAGAAAAGGUUGUUGAUGGCUUAAGGAAGCUUUCUUGACAAGUUCAGCGAGGUAUCCAACCAAAAUAUCUUAGAAAAUGUGAUGUUAUCCUAUGACUGCAUGCUGCAAAUCUGCUGGCGGAUACUUAAAAUGUAAUCACUACAAAAACCUUGCGUUACCUAGCGUCCUACAACUGGUUAUAUGUCUAUAAGAAGCAAACCUUGCAUUACCUAGCGUCCUACAACUGGUGAUAAUGUCUAUAAGCAGCAUUCAUUGAUCAAUCCUUUGAACUGUACAGCAGGAAAAGAGAAUUUUCUUAUAACUUGGUAAUGAUUGGAUU